AGCGCCGAGAGUAGAUGUGCGUCGCGAGUGCCGCGGAAUUUCGCGCCAAAGUUUCCGAUAGUGCUGUGACAUGUGUCAAAGUGAUAGUGACAGUUGAAUCCGCGGCCCCGAACGCCUCAAAGAUGUGAAGUCGCACACAUGAUUUCGAUAGCCAACCUCACCAAGAAUGCCUCAAAACUGGAUUUUGGCUACCAGAACAUCUCCGAGAACUUCACGGAGUAUGCGGCCAUUCCGUAUUACAUAAAGGCCACUUCCAUGACCUUUUGCAUCGUGAUCAUGUGUCUUGGAGUCAUUGGUAACGUCAUGGUGCCUAUAGUCAUCCUCAAGACGAAGGAUAUGAGGAAUUCCACCAACAUCUUCCUGGUUAACUUGAGUAUUGCUGAUCUGAUGGUGCUUCUGGUGUGCACUCCGACAGUGUUGGUGGAAGUGAACUCGAAGCCGGAGACGUGGGUGCUUGGGAAGGAGUUAUGUCUAGCAGUCCCGUUCAUCGAGCUGACGGUCGCUCAUGCUAGUGUGCUCACCAUCCUCGCCAUCAGUUUCGAACGGUACUACGCCAUAUGCGAACCACUACGAGCUGGCUACGUCUGCACCAAGACGCGAGCUACGCUGAUAUGCGCGUUAGCUUGGUUCUUCGCCGCGUUGUUCACUAGCCCGAUCCUGGCAAUAGCUGAACUCCACACGGUGACGAGACUGGACGGCACUUUCUACCAAUGUCUAACGCAGGCGGUGACCUUCUGGCAGAUCACUUUCUUCGUGAUGAUCAUUAUAUUCCUCUACGUUCUACCUUUGAUUAUUCUUAUUAUUCUAUACUCUGUCAUCGCCAAGAAUUUAAUAACAGCGGCGUCGAAAGUCGUGAUGAACAAAACUUUCGAUCCGUACAACGCUAGAGCGAGAAAGCAAGUGAUUUUAAUGCUGGGGACUGUAGUUUUAUGCUUUUUUUUAUGCUUGAUGCCAUAUAGAGUGUUAGCUUUAUGGAUAAUUGUGACUCCAUCUGAUGUUUCGGACAGUGUGAGUCCAGAGAAAUGGUACAAUCUGCUCUACUUCUCACGGAUAAUGCUUUACAUCAAUUCUGCGAUAAAUCCGAUUCUAUACAACAUGAUGUCUUCGAAAUUUCGCAUCGGAUUCUGCAAGGUAUGCGUCUGCUACGAAAGGACGUCAGAAAAGAAGCAGAACAGAAGAGCGCAGAGGACUGUUACCAACGGAUCCACUACUAGCAGUAGUUUGACAAGAACUACUAAUAGUCUAAAGAAAUUCUUCGGUCACAGACAUAGUAUGGAUAAGAGCGACACAGAAACAGACAAUAAGGAAUCCAAAGACGAAAGGAAUUCUUUUUUCGAAAGAAUAUUCACGAAUAGAAGAGUAGUAAGACAGCAGUCUGAUCCGCUAGGUGAAAAUGUCAAAACUAUAGUACAUAGAGCUAAGAGCGAGGAAAAACUGGACGAAAUAGAGCCAGAGAAAGCUAAAGAAAGAGGCAGCGAUACCAAAGGAGACACAGUGAAAUACAUCGGUCAUUCCAGUAAGAAAGAGAUAGAAAUAGAUAAUAGUUCUCUAAGACGUAGUGUACUAAUAAACUCCGCCAAAGCGCGUAGUUUUGAUAGCGAAUGCAGUAAAAGAGUGGUAGCGUAUAAAAAGAUAAAAGUUGACUGUGUAUACUUGCAGAAAUCAAAGAGUGUGGAAUAUGACCCAAUACUGGCCGUCGCAACUUUCACAUACGAGAGAUACUCCGACGGCACGGAAGUUCCGGUGUGCCUCACCCAGGCCGACACCUUCUGGUCAGCGUUAUUCUUCAUCCUCAUCAUCGCCAUCUUCUUCAUCAUUCCUCUCGGAAUACUCCUGGUUCUGUACAGCGUCAUAGCCAAGAACCUAAUGGAGAACCCAAUUAUAAUAUCUCAGCACAGCAAGCACCCAAACAACGGUGGAAACGUAUUACGGUAUAGGAAACAAGUCAUCCUCAUGCUUGGAACGGUCGUUUUGUCUUUCUUCAUCUGUCUGCUCCCCUUCAAAGCCCUGACGCUCUGGAUCAUCGUCUUUCCACCAGAGACCAUCAUGUCUUUAGGCAUAGAUGGCUACUACAUCCUCCUAUACUUUUGCAGGGUAAUGCUAUAUCUGAACUCAGCUAUAAACCCAAUUUUAUACAAUUUGAUGUCGUCGAAAUUUCGUGACGGCUUUGUGAAGCUACUGAAAAUAAAUAAGCUGGUCAGAUGCGGGAGGAACAUAAGAGAGAACAUGCAAAGAAGGGACACCUUCAAUACGACAACAUCGACAGGUUUUUCGAGCAGCAACACCACAGAAUCGUUCUGGAGACGAUACAGCAAUAGGACAUCAUCACAGAAAUACUUCUUUAACAGGGACAGCAAGAAACUGAAAGAGAAUAAAGAUGCAUUCGGAGCCAAAGUGCAGCAAGUGAAAAUUGGUGAGAUUAUAAACGUGGAAAACAUGAGACGGAAUAGCAUGAAAUUUAUUGCAGCUAUGAACGAACUCAAUGAUAAUUUAGGUGAUGUAAUUAAUGAUAAUGAUACAAAUAAUGAUAUACAAGUCGAUGUCCAUUGUAAUGACGAUAGACAAAUACAAAUAUUGAAUCUAGAUGUUAAAACUAACAAUGUGUAUUCUGUAACAUUAGAUGUUAAUGAGAAAUGUGAGAAAAACAUGUUUGUGUGCGUACCUGCGCAAGAGUGUAAGAACAUUAUUGUAUACGAUUUCAAAAGUAAUGAGAGUUUCGUAUAGAUUUUAGUACGUA